CUCCAGAGCGCAGCACCGACUUCCGCCCGGGUCGGCCGCGUGUGCCGGUGCUUCCGGCCGGCCGCGGGUCCCCGCCGAGGCCAUGGGGAAAGUGCGGGGGCUGCGGGCCCGGGUUCACCAGGCUGCCGUGAGGCCCGCGGGGGAGGCCGCGGUUGGCCCCGCGCCCCCGGCCCGAGAGGCCGCCCCUCCGCAGGCCUCGGCCGCUGGAGUUGGGGGAAAGGAGUGGGCUUUCGUGAACACUGACGUCUUUGCCAGGACCAAGAUCGACCCCAGUGCCUUGGUGCAGAAGCUGGACCUGGACACAAGGAGUGUUACUUCCGUCCGGAGAGGCACGGAGGCGAAGGCUGUCCUGCCCAAGAAGGAGAAACUGAAGCUGAGACGGGAGCGGUGGCUGCAGAAAAUCGAGGCCCUAAAGCUGGCGGAGCAGGAGCGCAGGGCGCAGCAGCGGCGGAAGGCCACGGUGGUGGUGGGGGACCUGCAGCCCCUGAGGGACGCCCUCCCCGAGCUGCUGGAGUUGGAGGCUGGUGGCCGGCGGCAGCGCACCAGAGGGGCAGGCAGCAGGCCCCGACCAGCUGAGCUGAGCCGGAUGAGCGCCGCGCAGAGGCUCCAGCUCCUCGAGGAAGAAAGGACCCGGUUUCAGGAGCUGCUGGCCAGUCCGGCCUAUAGAGCCAGCCCCCUGCUGGCCAUCGGGCAACAGCUGGCCCAGCAGAUGCAGCUGGACAGUGGCGCCCAGCUCUGACUCUGCCCAGGGGACCUGCCUUGAGCUCCAAGGAUGCACACAAGGUGCCCAGAGAGGGCUGACUGCUCGCCAUCGUCGCUCUGAGCGUGGUGCACAGCUGCCCCCGGCCCCGGCUCUUUUUCAGUUGUUAGGAGAUGGGUGGGGGCAGAGCCCCAUGAGGAUGAAUAAAUGCUGUAUGAACUCA